CAUUAGCUAUUUAUGCUCUCUUCCACUCUUCCCCUCAUUUCCUAUCCCUCUCUAUAUAACAAACAACAAUCUUGCCAGACACAGCUCCUAAACCCAAGCCCAAGACCAAGCAAGAUUCUCUCCUCCUUUCUUUCCCUUUUCCCAAGAAACCAAUCAGAAAUUCUAUCAAGAGAGAAAAAGAAAUGAAGAGACCCCAAUUUACUCCGGAAAAAUCCUGUCUACUCGCAGUGGCUUUAUCCGGUCUGAUCAUCGGUGCGUUUCUCUUUUCAAACUUAAUCCGGUCGGUUGAUAACAUCUCUUCCUUCGGCCUCUGCUCCUUGGCUUCGGCCAAAGCCCGCGCCGCCGCGGAUUACGACGCUACACCAACUCAACUCCAAUCUAUCCUUCACUAUGCAACGUCAAAGAUCGUCCCACAACAAUCUUUGGCCGAAAUCUCAGUCACUUUCGAUGUCCUCAAGACGCGCUCACCUUGUAACUUCCUUGUAUUUGGUCUCGGUUUUGAUUCUCUCAUGUGGACAUCAUUAAAUCCACAUGGCACUACUUUAUUUCUCGAAGAAGAUCCCAAAUGGGUUCAGACAAUCGUCCGAAAAGCCCCAACGUUAAAUGCGCAUACGGUUCAGUACCGGACGCAACUACAAGAAGCCAACAACCUCCUGAAAACGUACCGGUCUGAACCGUUGUGUUCGCCAGGUAAAGCGUACUUGCGCGGCAAUUACAAGUGCAAGCUAGCACUGACUGGAUUGCCCGACGAAGUUUAUGAUAAGGAAUGGGAUUUGAUAAUGAUUGAUGCGCCAAGAGGGUACUUCCCGGAAGCACCAGGGAGGAUGGCGGCGAUAUUUUCAGCGGUGGUGAUGGCCAGGGGGAGGAAAGGAUCAGGAGUGACACAUGUGUUUUUGCAUGAUGUGGAUCGGAGAGUGGAGAAAAUGUUUGCGGAGGAGUUUUUGUGCAGGAAGAAUUUGGUUAAGGCUGUUGGGAGGCUAUGGCAUUUUGAGAUACCAGCUGCUAAUGUGAGCCAGAGUGGUGGCUGGUUUUGCUAAAAUACGCUCUCUUUUUUCGUACUUGUAAUUUAUGGAAUUUUUAAAUGAUGUACUUCUGAUAAGAUAUACGAGGCACUGAGACGUGACAGAAUAAAUUUUUAUUUUAUUUUUGUUUGAAA